UUGCAUAGAUAACACGUAGGGGAAUUUAUUAGAAAAGAAACAAAACCACAACUUGUUGAAAGCUUUCCGCAAAGAGAAUAGUGGUUGAAGGACAUAACAGCAAAGGAAAGGGCCUAAGAGACAUACAGCUUCUUAUCUUCCAUCAAUUGAUCAAUUGGAAGUUGGUGAGGGUCAAAAAAUGAAUCACCAACUGUCAAGAUUCUCAUAGACCCAAAAAAGAUGUUGAAAGCAGAAGAAAAUUCCAAUCACAAGCAACCAAAUGUAGUUGCCAAAUUAAUGGGGCUUGAUGAAGCACUUCCAAGGGGAGAGGCUAAUUUAUUUUUGGAGAGAAAACAUGAAAAGUGUUAUUCUCAACACAUUUAUGGCCAUUUAAGGUCACCAUUAAAGCAUUGGCAAGUUGAAGAUAGUGUUAAGGAUAAGGAAAUGGUCCAUGAUGUUCUUCAUUCAAGAACAGAACAGAAUGCUCACAAUCAAGAUAAAAUGGCUCUCAUUCAUCAGAAAUUCAUGGAAGCGAAACUUAUGUCGAGAAAGUCUAAGAAAUUUGAAGAUGGAUUCAAAGUUCUGAGCUCCAAUAAUGAUGCCUUGAUUAGGCUAUUGGAUUCUCAGAAUCUUUAUGAUCUUCGUCGCUCUGCUUCGCCGGCCGAGACAGAGCUCAUUACUCUGCUGAGGCCUGCAAAGACUCUUGACAACAACAACAGAUCAUCCAGAAUGGAAAAGAAGAAAAAGAAUGAAGGAAUGGAAAAGAAUCUCGAACACAAUGUUCCGGUUCAAUCUACUCGAAUCGUUGUAUUGAAGCCGAGUUCUGGGAAGACUAAUGAUCUUAAGGCAAUGUACUCUCCAAAAACUUCAUUACCUGAAGAUGAUUUCUUCGAAUCAAGAAAAGUGAAAAGAGAGCUUACUUGUCAAUGUGAUGAAACUUUGUUUGAGUGUUCAUCUAACAAAUCCUAUUAUAAUUACAAAGAUAGGAGGAGUUUCAGUGAUUUAGAUGCUACUAUGUCACAACUUCCAAGACAUUCAUGGGAUCAUAGUCUUUAUUCGACGCGGUCCUUGGACCGCGUCACGUGUUCUCCAGAGUCACCAGUCUGCAUAGAAGCCAAGUCAAGACUGUAUGAGAGAUGGAUCAUGAUGAUGACUUCCUCAAACACCAAAUUUCAUCACCAAGAACAGAUCCAUGUGAAGAGAAGAUCCACCUUGGGUGAACUGCUUUCUCUUUCACAAAGAAAGAAGCAUGUUACACCUAAGGUUAAGGAUAUUAUCAUUGAAGAUCAAGAACCAAGAAAAUCAAGAAAUGAAGAAUUAAUGGUUAACAGUGCUCCUAAGAGCCGGCGAAUUCGCCUCCGAGAUGAAGUUUGUGAUCAUGAUGCUGGCAAAGGGCAUGGAUCAAAGGGUAUGAGAUUAUCAUUCAAAGGAAGAGUUUCGAGUUUCUUGUUCUUAAGGAAGAAGAAAUCAACUAAGGAGAAAUCCAAAGAUAAAUCCCAAUGUAGUUCUCUAUAUGAAUCAGAUUCAGUCUCUAACAGAAAACAGCAAGGCAUAAUUACAUUAGAGCAUGAAUUGAUUGUAUCAAAGCCAGAGAUUUCAAGCGAAAAUCAAGAUCAGCCAAGUCCAAGUUCAAUUUUAGAGCCUCUAUUUCAGGAUGACAUUCAUCAUGAUUUCUAUGACUCUAUGAAGAGUGGUCACCAGGGAUCAUUGGUGCCAUUGAAGUCCAAUUUAAUUGACAAAUCACCACCUAUAGAAUCAGUAUCUCGGACCCUUUCAUGGGGUGAUACUGAUGCACAUGAUUCUUCCUUAGACAGCAAGGCAGAGGAACAAGAAUGGCUUCUCCUUGUUGAGAAACUACUAUCAGCAGCUGGACUUGAUGAUCAACUACAAAAUGACUCCUUUGACACAAGAUGGCAUUCCCUUGAAAGCCCCUUGGACCCAUCAUUGAGGGGCAAAUAUGUCAAUCUCAAUGACAGGGAGCAUCAGCAUCUCAAUGAGGCCAAGAGAAGGAAGAUGAGAUCAAGUCAGAAGCUCGUAUUCGACUGCGUCAAUGCGGCGAUUUUGGAGCUGACUAAUGGUGAGUGUGGACCAGGGAAGCACCACAAGUGCAGGGUGCACAGUAGUGGAACAUGUUCCCUUUCUAUGGACCACAUUGUGGAUCAAAUGAAAGAGUUAAUGGCAAGUGGAGUGAGGUGUGUUUGGGGGGAUUGUGGGGACAGCAACAGCCUGGUGGUAGAAAAUGUUGUCAAGAAAGAGCUUGUGGGGAUUGGAUGGGUUCAGCUUAUGGAGUUGGAGAUUGAUAUUUUGGGGAUGGAGAUUGAGAGGGAUUUAAUUCAAGAACUUGUGGAAAAUGUUGUGGUUGAUUUCACUGCCAGGGCCUCAAUCAAUCCCUUUUGAUCACUUUCUAUAUUGGCUUUAAAUAAGGGUUAAAUAAGUUUUUGAUCCAAAAAUUUUCAAAAGUAAAGUCAGAAAGGUAAUUACUCACACAAAAUUGUCUUCAUGUGAAAAUGAUAGUUGAGAACAUGAUAGUUGAGAACGGUUAAAUGAUAACUCUAUUUAAUAGUUCUUGCAUAUUAUCUUCAUGUCAAGACAAUUUUUUCGUAAGUAACCACUAUUUGGAGAUAUGUACUACUUAGAGCUUGAACCAUAAGUAUGAAGUUGAUUUGUAUGUGGAAUGAUGGUAGAGACUAAUUUCACUACUUUUGAAAAUUUUGGACCAAAACCAUAACAAAAAAUUGUAUAGGUACUUCAAAGACCAGAAACUUAUUCAACCCUUUUAAAUGAUAUGUAUAUUGUAACUCUAUCAUUGUUGCAUUGAAUUAACAGCACAUGGCCCCUACUCACCUAAUGUAUUGAAUGCUACCUAAGAUUGUAUCGGUUAUUUGAUAUUUAUGACUCUAGUUCAUGUACAUAAA